AUGACCCCAGGAGUCGCUGGACUGUCUGUACACCAGACACCGACGGCGAGCAUGCAUGCUGCAGGCGCCUCUGGGAGCCAAGCAGGAGAGAGCACCCCUUUUGCGUCGCUCACUGCAGCGGCUUCCCCCUUUACUGCUGCUCCCGGAGACUCUCAACGACCCCCUGAAGAUGCAGCAGACGGCGCCUUGUCUGCCGCAGCUGCAGCAGAAGGCGGAGGCAGUUUUGGAGGCUUCACUGGCGCUCCCGAUGGAGCGACAGGCAGCAGCAAGGCCUUUUUGGAAGCCUCGCGAAAGUGGUGCUGCAGCUCAGAAACAAGAGGGCUGGCUCCCGUUUGCUGCCCUUGCCACGCUCUGCGAACUUGCCGAUGCAGCAAGGGAGGCCCCUUCGCGCAGCGGCGGAUUCUCUUGCAGCACCUGCGGCGACAACAGCACGAGAAGUUUGCUUCCGCUGCCAGUGCUGCUGCUGAAGAGCUGGAGGACGCAUGCGAGGACGGCUUCGAGUGCAGCCAGAGCGACGCCUGCAACCCUUCAAGCGGUGUUGUGGACCCCUAUGCUCGUGCAUGGAAGCCGCCUCUGCAUGCAGCCGAUUUUCCCCCCCUUCCUCCGCCCGUCUCCUCGAGAGCACGACGAGCAGCAGCAGCCGCAGGAGGCCUUUCCCCCACUCCUGCUACACUGGAUGGGGAGGGGACUGCGCCUUGCCACAGCAGCGCUGCCUCCGCAGCUGCCUUGCAAAUGCAGUGGUCUCUGCCUCCGGUGGGGUUGCGCGUUGUUUCCGCCUUUUCUUUUGGAGGGUUGCUCACGAGGUCAGCGGACUUGGUGGUGCUUGAGCUCGCGCAUUUGGCUCCCGCUCCAGCUGGCGAGCAAGCCUGGCAGCGGCUCGCGCACUCAGCAGCCGCGCCAGCGUCGCAUCCUGAGAGCCUUCCUCGGCACCAGCAGCAGCAGCGGCAGCACGCUCGGGAGCAGGAGCUUCAGGGGGGCAAGCAGGCGCAGCAGCCUCCCCGUCAGGAGAACUGGGAGUGCGUCUGCUGCUUUCAGGUGUCGCUGCAGCGGUACCAGUACGCAGAACUGCAGCGGCACGUGUACCAGCUGUAUCCGUUCACGCCUAUGAACGGCGGGAAGGAAGGGCACGCAGGGGCGGGGUGGGAGGCCCCUUGGAGGCGACUGGAGACGCGCUUCAGCAACGCGCCUUCAAGCGGUGAGAACAACACAGCAGCCUCCGCACUGUCUGCUGCUGCUGCCGCAACUGGCAGAAAAAUGGAGUACCUCACUGCUGGGCAAGAGGCGCCUGAUGUAGCAGCGUUCGUGGGAACGCUGCUGCAGCGUGCUGAUAUCAUGAGCGACGUCUUUGUUCAGAGACGCCUUGGAAUUCGGCAGCAGCACGUCCUGUGCUGUCGGCGAUGCAGAAGGAGACUCGAGACACCCCACCCCCUCUCCCCCCUGCUGCUGCCUCCGCAGCACAUGACGCUGCCCGUGCACGGGCGUCUUUUCGCUUCGCGCGUGUCUCUUGAGCUGCGGGAUGCCUGUGUGGCCUUUAUUCAACCUCCUUCCGCUGAAUCGGCUGCUUCCGAGGCGCUGUACGGAUGCAAAGAAACGCUCCCAGGAGUCGACAAGGGGCCUCUGCACCACCAGCAGAAGCAGCAGCAUGCACAGAAGCAUGUAGAUGAUGACGGGCCUGGCGAAACCGGCGAGACAGCCUCUUGGCGUAUUCUUCAGAGACGCAGUGCGCCGUCCUGCUGGCUGCUAGGGGGUUCUUGCCCGCCUUUUGUGAUUCUCUCCCUUUUCCACACGAGUGGCAAGCGCAUUUCCUUGUUUCCUUUUCUCGCUGGGAAGAAGAAGCAAGGAAGCAGCGCAAUAAAGGCUGCUGCUGUCUCCGCAGGGACUGCCGCCGUGGCAGUGCAGAAGCGCAUCGCCCUCAUGGCUUAUCCUCAACGCGAUAAGGCUGCUGUGUUGCUGAUACUUCCCAAGCCCUUCCCUUCGUCUUUCUGCGAGCGGCUAGAAGCCGCAGUGCUGCGGCAACAAGCCACAGCAGGCCCACUGACACCAGAAAACACCCCCAAGAGCGACUCCAGGAACGACAAUCGCACCCGGAGACAGCGUCGAUCCGUGGCUUGCGGACUCAAAAUCAAGAGUCGGAGUUCUCUCCUCGCUCUCUCAGUACCUUCCUCCCUAGCCCUCCCGUGGCUGCCUCCCCUCACAGACACCGCAGAGGCUGCAGAGGCUGCUGCGUUUUGCAGCGAACGUGGCUCAGAGCUUGACGCAUCGGACGAGAAUUGCGUGUCUUCUCGUGCAUCGACGUCUCUCUUCUCAGCAGCCACACUUGCGAGCAGUCAGUUUCAGCUCGCCUUCUCGUCUCUGCAGCAUGAGUGUCUGAGGAACUCUAUCAGACGCGGCCUCUGCUGCUGCUACGCGCCGUUGCUGUCAUCCUUCUUUGUCGGGGGAGAUGAUGGAACCAUUGCAGUGCUGCAGGUGUCUGCCUUGGAGGCGCCGCUGCUGCAGAGCCACGCAUUCCCCACGUCUUCUUCCGCAGCAGCAGCAGCGGAGCAUUUCCGCAGCGGCGCAGACACUCAGAGAAAUAACCGCCGUCAUACCAGCUCCAUCAUUGCCUCCUCGAUAGGCCCUUUGAUAGCCCCCAUGCGCCUCCACACACCCCUUGGUAGCACUCAGUACGCCGCUGUAGAGCAGCAGCUGCAGCAUCUGCGUCUCAGAAAGCUCCCAGAGGUAAUCAAGUUCAUCAGGGAAGAACCGGUGGACGUUGUGGCCCUACUGUCCGUACAGCUGCCCGCAGGCGACACCCUCGGGAGCACCUCGAGCAGCCGUCCUAGGAGCACAAGUGCCGCAGAUCUGAAGCCCAUGCUGCUGGCAGCGGGAAGAAGCGGCAGUGUGCUGCUGGCGGAUGUCGCGUCCUCGCAAGUUCUUGCAUCGUAUGUAGCGCAGAAGGGAGGUUUCCUCGCGCCGACAGACACGAUUGCAACCGUAGUAGCGGAUGAGACUCGGCUGCUGCUAUUUUGCUGCUACAGCGGCGGAAGCGUGCGAAUACUGCAGCUGCAGCAAUGCAAGGCCAGCGACAGCGGCCUGCAACUCGUGGUGCUCUCCUACCUGGAAUCAGGGGCGCACCCGCUCCAUAUGGCUCCUGUGCUGCCGUUACUGUCUCUUCAAGGCACGAAACAGCAACAGCCGCAACAGCCGCUUCGACAGGAGAACAGUCUUUCGGGAAGUGGCGGCUGCAGCACCGCGGGCGGGCCUUGUUCGGGUGUCUCUUCAAUCCGCUGUGCGUGCAUUGAGUCCCAGCAGAGGCUCCUCUUUCUUGGCAGUAGCUCUAGCAGGAACGGUGUCGUCUCCAUCUUGUGCUACAGCGUCUUAGGCAGCAACUGUAACAGUAGAGCUGCAGAGGAAGGCACUGAGGCCGUCGUCGCUGAAGCGAGUGCUGCGCGCGUAGUCCUAGUUGCCAGAGUUGUGUGCCUUGCAGAAGCCGUCUCCUGUUUAGCUGUCUGGCCAGAGAGAGGCAUGUUGCUGGUCGGCGGUGCAGAGGGGGCGCUGCUUCUGCUGUUACUAGAGGGUCUAGUCUCUGAGUCUCCCGAGUUCGAACCAGAGAGUGCUACUGCUGCUCCCUCAGACAGGCCGCUGGAGUCUUUGAGACGGAGGUUCCAUUUCCACCAGUCUGGUGGCACUUUUGUAGGCAACCAGCGGCCAAACGAGGAGAGAGAGCUAAGAGGCUCUUUCUCUGCACGCAGCUCAAAAUUGCCAUUCCCCCUGCGCAUGCGCUUCUCUACAGCGCAGAGCCGCCCCCAGGGAACUGAUGAACGCUUGCACUUGCAGCAGCGUGGCUUUGGGGGGGACCUGGAGAACGUGCUGCGUGACAGUAUGGCUGCCAACGCCGAGUCCAUGCUGCUCUUGAGGGCGCACAAUAAGUCCAUCCGGAAAAUCUUGCUCUUUCCCAGCGAAGCCGUCUUCGUAUCCUGUGGUGCUGAAGGCACCCUGAAAAUGUGGAGAAUGCCACCAACCGGGGAACUGGCCGACUGA